GUCUGGAAUUUCUUAAAGGUAAAACCAGCGGUUCGUCUGCAGACUCAAAACCUGCUCUGAUGACAGUCCACCAUUAGUCUCGGCAUUCCCGAACAGUGGGAAGGAUCGAAUGAUCAUUAUGAAAAUCCUCUAUUAGUGCCUGACGGAAAUACUUCAACAGGAAUGCAGUCGGCCACAGCAGACCAAGGCUAUGGUGACUCAGCGGGUUCUUCCACCACUGGUUCAGUGGUGCAGGUGUGCUUCCCCAGUGUGCAGACCUCAGUGCUGGACAGCCUGAAUCAACAGCGGGAGGAAGGCCAUCUCUGCGACCUCUCCAUCCAUGUUCAGGGCCAGGUGUUUAAGGCCCACCGAUGUGUGCUGGCUGCAUCAUCACCUUACUUUCACGACCAGGUACUGCUGAAGAACAUGUCCACUGUCACCAUCCCGGCUGUCAUGGACCCCCUGGCCUUUGAGAGUGUCCUCAGUUGUGCUUACACUGGCCAGCUGCGAAUGCUUCGUGAAGACAUUGUUAACUACCUCACUGUUGGCAGUGUGCUUCAGAUGUGGCACAUUGUGGACAAAUGCACUGAGCUUCUCAAAGAGGGCAGGGGAGGUCCAAGCGGACCUCAGGGAGCAGGAGCAAAGGAGAAUGAGGGGCACGGCGGUUGUCCCAACAAGAUUGCCCAAGCAGACAGAGGAGACACCCCUUCUACACCUCAACCUCCAAGCCGGCCUUCCUUGAGUGAGAGCCAGUCUCCCAGCAGCACCAAUUACUUCAGUCCUAGAGAGGCAAACUUUGGAGGGAGCAUGGCGACAACAGGAGCAGUAGGGGAGGAUGCCGUACACUCCACUCCAAACUACUGUACCCCUUCUGGCGGGGAGGAGAGUUUUAUGAUGGAAGAGGAUGAAGACGAUGACGAGCUUUUGUUUCCCAGGAAAAGAGAGCGAGGAGGAGGCAGCAAGCGGAAGAACACAACCUCCGUCUCUGAUCAAGAGGUUGGGGUGAGCGACAGUUUUGGAGUUUCAUCUUAUCAAGAUGGAGAUUCCUCGCCACCCCAAAAGCGUCCCUCAUAUAGUCAGCCGAGCAUUAUGCCAAGGAAACAGUGGGUCGUCGUUAAAACGGAGCACUCGAGAGAUGAUGACCUGAUCGUGGUGUCAGGGGAGGAAGGAGGAGAAGAUGAAGAGGAAAGAGAGAUGGAGAAGGUAAGAGAGAGAGACAAGACAUUCAACAUCUCCAAUGUUAGGACCCUCUCUGGACUUCGAGAAGAUACUGAAUCGGAGGCACAGGUUGACUAUUGCCAGUCCUCGGAAGACUACCUCAAGUUUGAGAGGGGUUUGAUGGACCAGACGUCCUCUCAACACCCUCCAGAGAAUCCCGUUCAGUAUACUAGCAGGGCCGUUUCCACCUUACUUGGCUCAGUCCAGUCCACGGCUUCGAGAGCUCAGAUUUUCCCUCUGGAUAUGCAAGGAAACCAGAUUCUUUUGUACAAUCAGUCCGCCCUAGAAUCUACAUCACCAAUAGGGCUUGCAGGUGGUAUGUCUGGUGUUUCUUUAAAAGGAAGCCUGGAGCACGGAGCAGUCCAUUUCCCCGCCCAAGGGGCUCUUAAUAGUGGGAUAGAUGGAUUAGAUGGUGGGGCUGGCGGUUCCAGUAAGGUCUUCAUGUGUCAUUGUGGGAAAACAUUUUCACACAAGAGCAUGCGGGACCGCCACAUCAACAUGCACCUGGACCUGCGGCCCUUCAACUGCCCCAUCUGUGCCAAGAAGUUCAAGAUGAAGCAUCACCUAACGGAACACAUGAAGACCCACACUGGUCUGAAACCCUACGACUGCCAUGGCUGCGGGAAGAAGUUCAUGUGGCGCGACAGCUUCAUGAGGCAUCGCUCGCACUGUGAGAGACGCAACAGGGGCGCUGGCAGUGCCAACAGGAGAGUGGGGUCAGAAGGGUCUGUCAUUUCUCCACCACAUCACAUGAAGCUCCAUCCCUCAGGCAAUGAGUCCAGUCAAGGUAGUGUUGGCGCACAAAGUGGGAUCCCUGUUAUGUCUCCGCAACAUUCGAUUAGCAGCAGUGGGGUUUCAUGUCUCAAUAUGGCAGCACCUGGGCCUCUUCUUGGAAUCAGCUCUCAGACUGGGGUGCACGGCCUUAGUUCUGGAAUUUUGGGGAUGAGUGGCAGCCAUAGCGGCUGUGUGGAGGAAGUCUGUGAGGAUAAUGUUGAUGAAAGCAGUGUCACAUAGGCUGUUAAAAGAAUUCCGCCUAUGUACAAGUUAAUCUGGAUGGACAGCAUUUGUGGCAUAAUGUUGAAUACCACAAAAAUAAUUCAGAGGCGUCCCUCAUUUAUAAAAAAAAAAAAAAAAAAAAAAGCAAAAAUGAAGUUAUAGUAAGGCACUUUCAAUGGAAAUGAAAGGGGGCAGACGGUAAAUGUAAAAAUACACAGUUUCAAAAGUAUGGGCACAGAACAAACAUUAUAUGCGUAAAAAUAAGUUUAGUGUGAUAAAUCAGGGGUUUACCAGAUCACAAGGUUUGUUGUUAUAUUGUCAUGGCAACACAUUAAUAUUGUUAAAAAAGUGCUAUUCUAUAUAACUUUACACAGAUAAGGUUUGUAAGUGAUUUUAUUGCGCUAAAACCAUGUUAACACAAAUAAUGUUAAUAUCUUUUGGCUAUACCUUUGAAACAGUGAAUAUUUUAAUGUUUAUCGACUGGCCCCAUUCACUUCUAUUGUAUGUGCCUCACUGUAACUGCAAUUUUUGCUUUUAUAAUAAAUGAGGGACUAGUUGGAGGUAUUUUUGUGGUAAUCAACACUAGUGUUGUCAAAAGUACCGGUACUUCGGUACUAAAAUAAAAAAGAUGUCACGAAACCAGUGUUUACGCAGUACUGGUAAUACUGAGCACCGACUCAGACACACAGCUGCUUUUAAAUGCUCACACGCUUAUUUGAGCAUGUGCUCUGUUACUCCUUUUACACUGAAAUGCACAAUUAAUCAAAUUAAAAUCGUGAUAUGUCCUAGUGUGAUUAUUAAAAUGCAAAAUGCUGCAAUCUUGGUCUGCAUUCGAGCUGCAUAAGCUUUAAUUUAAUGUGUGAAGCAGACUGCUCAUACACAGGGAACUCCAUUGACAUUGAGAACCAUUUGCAGCAUGAGAUAAAAAUAAAAAAAACUGAGCACUCAUCCUCUGUGAAGCACAUGUAUACUAUAUAUUUGUAUAAUUAAAUCACAGCAUUUGUGCUUUAAUGAUCACACUGGGCCAUGUAGCAAACUGUUUAUCCAUCAUAAAAAGAAAGUGACGCUUCUGUCAAACCAAACGUCAAAAUAAAAACAUGACACAAAGUAAAAGCUAAAUGCCUGAAAUCAACAAAAUUAAAACAACUGUAUUGUAAAUAUUUAUUAUAGUAAUAUUAAUAAUACUAAAUAAUAAUGAAAAUAAUAAUUUAACAAUAUAAUACAAACAAGAGUGCUAUUGUACUGAAUAAAAUGGUUAAAAUGCAUUGGUGUGUUGAAAAUUAAUUGUUCUGUUUUUUACUUGUUAAAAUUUUUAAGAAUUUUAUUAGACAACAUUUACAUGAUGAAAUGAAUCUUUAAAACAUGGAAUUCUAGAACAUUAAUAAAAAAAGGGGGAAAAAAUUAAAGCAAAAUUAAAGGAAAAAUGUAUUAUUUUAUUUACAUUUAAAUUUCACUUUAAAUAGGCUAAAGUAAUGUGUUCAAGAGCAUAUUAGCAUAUUUUUGCUGUGGUAUCGAAAUUGGUAUGGAGAUCUGUGAAAUUUCCCUGGUAUCUGUACUAACUACUGAAAUUUUGGUAUCGCGACAACACUAGUCAACAUUAUGCCACAAAUGCUGUCCAUUGAGCCUAACUUUUAUUGAACCUGGAAUAUUCCUUAAAGCUGCAGCAUUUCAGUCUAAGACCACCUUCUCUUCAAAACAAGGACACUCUUGUGACUUUUAUCAGUUUCAAAGGGACCACAUGCCCAAUUGUUUGAUUCUUUACCUCGUCUCAUGUGGUGAUUGGAAAUAAUAACAAUUACCAAGUGCCCAUUGCUAGCUCACCUCUGUUUGUUAUUCUUAAAGAUCUUUAAGAUCAGUGAAACCUUAUUCUUGUCAGGAAUAAGGUCAAUCACUGUCACAUACAAGCUGCCUCACUAGCACAGAACAUUUGUUCACUGUCGCUCUAAAGUGCCAUACCGUUAAUGUACGAUUUAGAUGUACAGUGUACAUUACUGUAACUCAUCUAGUCUGCCCUUGAUGUAAAGUUUUAUAGUAAUCACAUAACUAUAUACAGUAUAUUUCCCCAUGAAAGUUAAUGUAUUGAUUUUAUAAAGGGAUAGUUCAACCAAAAAUGACAAUAAUGUCAUCAAUGAAUUACUGUCAUGUUGUUUAAAACCCCCUAAAACUUUUAAAUGCUUAUAAGCCUAUGUGCUUUUGUGUUCCACAGAAGACAGAAAGUCAUAGUCAGGCUUAGACAACAUGAUUGUAAGUUAACAGUGACUACAUUUUUAUAUUUUUGUGAACUAUCCUUUUAAAUAACAGGUAUGUAGCUUCCUCUGCACUUUGGGGUCUUCAUUGCUUGGAUGCAGAGCAGUGCAGGGUUUUGUUGGUGGUUGGAUUGCUGAGUUAAUCAACUAAUGGUCCUUUUAACAUUUCUCUGUAUGUACUUUUACAUAACUAUCAGGAGAGUUGCUUGGAGCUCUGGAAGGACAUUUGUGUUGUGGGAUCUUCACACAAUAGACACAAGAUUAAUGAAAAACAGGCCUGGUCAAGACGAGUUUAGACCCUCAACACAAGCCCCUAGCAUCCAGCUUCUGAAAUCCUGCCGUAUUUUAGAUGUAGCCUACAGCUUACCAGUCGCAAUAGUUUACAGAAGUUUUCCUUCCAUGAAGGCUACCGAGAAAUCAUUUGUCAUGUUUUUAUAAAGGUAACGAAUAGAUCUAAAGCUUGAAUAAAGUAUUCAAAUGACACGUGAAAUUGGAGUGAAUGUGUGAAACUGAGUUAGCUGCCAGUUAAAGGGAUAAUUCACCGAAACAAUCUAUUUGUUUCUUUUUUGGGUAGAUGCAGCAUCACGCAAGAACAGAAGUUCUCGGUUACCAGUGUUAUUGUAAAAAUAGGUUAUUUACAGUCAGUCAUGAUUAAUUUAUGAUGAAUAUGUUGACCAUAAAAACCAGAUACCUCAAACUUUAACACAAAUAUUCAGUAUCUUAGGAGAAAUAAACAGGCAUCUAAAGAGUGUGGACAAGAAUGAAUCACACACAUUCCUUGGACUUCAAUAUCAAACAUAUUUUAGAUUAUGGAGAAAAGCUGAAGUGAGAAAAAAUGCAGUUAAGAACAUGUAAAAUAUUAUUUAAAAUGUUCAUGACCAGCAGGUAAAAGCAUCCAAGCUUGCUUAUGGAGUAAUCUGGUUAGACAUAUCUGUAUUUUAUACUUAUAGAAAUUGUGUUUCAUCAACAAUUGUGAUGAAUCUGAACUUCUAGAGAACAUAUAAACUGAAUUACACAAACUAUUGUGUAAAUAUAUGAUAGGCAGUAACACAAUAAGCAGAUUUCAUGUUGUCUGAUAUCAGUGGAGUACAUCAAUGAUUUCAUAAGAUUCUUCAUUUAAAAUAAGAAAUAAAGUGACUUGUGCACACAUUUUUACUCAUUCAUGUCUGAUUAUUGGUUAUAUUAAUCAGUUUUUCCGAUUCACUCCUUUUCCCAUACUGAGAAGUGAUUGUUUUAAUUGACAUUUUUUGUUUGUUUGUUAAAAAAAAGAGUUGGGAUGUCUUCCAGUCUGUUGGUUUAAAAAUGAGUGCGUUUAGAAGUACGAUUUUAACCCAAUUAUGCUUAAUGAGCCAACAAGUAAGGUCAUAAACCCUCAGAUACAAGCAUUUAUAUUGAUGAAAAAGUUUUUUUCUUCUUGAAAGCCACUUAUAAAAUGUAUGGUUUUAAUGUAUUUGUUGGCUUGAAUUUUUGUAGGGGUUGGUUUUUAGACAGUAAGUGAAAUUUCUGAAUUCUCAACACAAUUCAACAUAAAAAGUAGAUAAUUUAUUUCAAGUAGUAAAGUUAAAUUCAUGAACACAUAAGAAAUGUGACUAAUAAGAACUAUUGAUAUUGAUAUACAGUGCAUUCAGAAAGUAUUCAGACCCCUUUAGCUUUGCGCUAAAAUGCUUUAUUGUUUUUUUCACAUCAAUCUACACUCCAUACCCCGUAAUGACAAAGCAAUAACCAGAUUUUUGAUAACAUUGCAAAUUUAUUAAAAAGAAAAAACUGAAAUAUCACAUUGACAUAAGUAUUCAGACCCUUUGCUAUGACACUUGAAAUUUAGCUCAGGUGCAUCCCAUUUCUCUGGAUCAUCUUUGAGAUGUUUCUACGCUUUGGAGUCCACCUGUGGCAAAUUCAAUUGAUUGGACAUGAUUUGGAAAGCCACACACCUGUCUAUAUAAGGUCUUACAGCUGAAAAUGCAUAUCAGAGCAAAAACCAAACCAUGAGGUCAAAGGAACUGCCUGCAGAGCUCAGAGACAGGAUUGUGUUGAGGCACAGAUCUGGGGAAGGCUACAAAAAUAUUUAGGCUGCAUUGAAGAUUCCCAAGAGCACAGUGGCCUCCAUAAUUUGUAAAUGGAAGAAGUUUGGUACAACCAGGACACUUCCUAGAGCUGGCCGCCUGGCCAAACUGAGCAAUCGGGGGAGAAGGGCCUUGGUAAGAAAGGUGACCAAGAACCCGAUGGUCACCCUGGUUGAGCUCCAGAUAUCAUGUGUGGAGAUGGGAGAAACCUGCAGAAGGACAACCAUCACUGCGACACUCCACCGAUCUGGGCUUUAUGGCAGAGUGGCCAGACGGAAGCCUGUCCUCAGUGCAAGACACAUGGAAGCCUGCUUGGAAUGUGCAGAAAAAGCACCUAAAGGACUCUCAGACUGUGAAAAAACAAAUUAUCUGGUCUGAUGAAACGAAGAUUAAACUGUUUGGCCUCAAUUCCAAGCGUCAUAUCUGGAGGAAACCAGCCCCUUCUCAUCACCUGCACAAUACCAUCCCAACAGUGAAGCAUGGUGGUGGUAGCAUCAUGCUGUGGGGGUGUUUUUCAGUGACAGGGACUGGGGGACUGGUCAGGGUUGAAAGACUUAAAGCUGUAAUCGCUGCCAAAGGUGUUUCAACUUAAGAGUUAAGGGUCUGAAUAUUUAUAUCAGUGUGAUAUUUCAGUUUUUUUUUAUUUUUAUAAAUUUGCAAAGUUAUCACAAAUCUGGUCAUUAUGGGGUAUGGAGUGCAGAUUGAUGUAAAAAAAAAAUUUAAAGCAUUUUAGAAUAAGGCUGCAACAUAACAAAAUGUGACAAAAAUGAAAGCAUCUGAAUACUUUCUGAAUGCACUGUAUUUGCUGUUAUAAUCAAAUUAAUAUAAAAAUACCAAUCCUAUAUUUAAUGUAGGUAGACUGAGUACAUUUGUCACUUUUUCCCUUUUUGCUAUACUGCUCAAAUACUGACCAAGACAAAACAUGCCUUUUUUCACAUGCGAUUCUUGUAUCUGUCUACCAGCAAAAUAAAUAUAAAAAAACGUAACCUAGUUUCUAUUUUCUACAGUAAGCGUGUGAAGACAAGCAUUUGUUACAGCUGUCAUCGUGGAUGCUGUUGUAACACUACCCUGGGACAGUUGUAACACAUUUGUAAUGUGCAAAAUAAGGCAUUAGGCUUACAGUUUAAAAACUCAAGU